CGGAUAUUUCGCACAGGCUUUUAACAUAGGACCUGAUUGAACACGGGUAUAGUGGACUCUUCAUAUCAUUUCACCAUGCAUGACAUACUAUAUCAACUUGAAACCAUAAACCUUAAGCUAUAAAAUAAACGGGGAAGACGUCCUACCAACAAGACUUGCGGCACUACGGAUCUCUCUCUCCUACUCCUGAAUCAUCCUCCGUGGAUCCAAGACACAAUGGACAAGAUGAAUUUGGAUGAGUUCUUCAAAAGGAUUGGAUUCAGCGGCCCAUUCGAGAAGCCAGACCAGGCGACCCUCAACGCUAUCCACAAACGCAUUGUGAUGACGGUCCCUUUUGAAAACCUGAGCAUCCACUGUGGUGAGAAGAUCGGCAUGGACCACAAAGCCAUCUUUAAUAAGAUUGUGAGAGAGCAGCGUGGGGGCUGGUGCAUGGAGGGCAACUACCUCCUGGCAUGGGUGCUGAGAGAGCUGGGCUAUGACUCGGUCAUGCUGGGGGCCCGAGUUACCUUCGGCAAUGCCAAUGAUCCCUCCGCCCCAGAGAGCCAUCUCAUCAACAUGGUGACCAUCGACGGCAGGAGGUACAUCGCAGAUGUGAGCUUUGGACUGUCCUUUCAAAUCUGGGAGCCCAUAGAGCUUGUGUCUGGAAAGGAUCACACCGAAGCCGCCGGAGUCUUCCGUCUUAUAGACCAGGAUGGGCUCUGGUUCUUCGAGAAGACCAGCCGGAAGCAGAAGAUCCUGAAUCCAGACUUGGCUAAAUCAGGUGAGAAGGAGAAAAAACCAACGGAGCAGAUCUAUUGCUUCACUCUGGUCCCCCGUGAAAAGGACCACUUCACCGAUAUUAACCACAAACGACAGACCGAGCCGAACCAACUUUUCACCACAAAGUCGAUCACCUCUCUGCAAACCCCAACAGGGUUUCGAAUCCUGCUCGGCUGGACCUACACGGAGGUCACUUUUAGGCCGGACGAAGGUGUAGAUCUCGUAGACACAAGAGACCUAUCAGAUGAGGAGGUGGAGACCAUUCUCAGGGAAAAGUUCAAUAUAAAAUUGAAGAACAAGUUGUCACCCAAAAACAACAAAAUAGGCUACGGUGUGUAAAUUGGAUUUAUUUGUCCAUUUUGUGCUUUUAGUUGUGUGCAUCUCCAAAAAUAGUGAUUUGUGUGAAUAAAAACCAAUAUUAAAUAAAAAA